AGAUUUUAGCUCAAGUAACAAGAAUCCAUCGAAGACAUCUAAAAAAAUCAUAAGUGAAGAUACUGGUCAGUCAUAAACCAGUUUUGAGCUAGGAUAAAACGAAAACUACCUUUAAUGUAUGGCAUUUGGAGAACGGAUCAGUGAUACUGUUGAUUGGAUUCAGACUAAGAUAAAGAAGCAUGACCAAGCUGCUUGGGAGCAACAUGCAGAGAAGAAGUUGAAAGAUUUUCCUAAAACUUAUACGAACUCCAAGCGAACCAAACUUAAAAAAGAACUUAUCGAUGUGGAUCUUAUUCGAGGCACCAACUUUGAAAAGCCGAAACCAGCUUAUAACUGGAGCAAUAUCGCUUUCUAUGGUCUUUUCAAGCUCAUCUUCCUUCCCCUCUAUUUCAAAUGGUGGGUGGGAAAAACAUCCCGUACAAUGUACUGCGUACUUGUGAUACUGUGGAUACUGCAGAUAGCCAUGGCUGUCCUGGUACUACAAGUUGACCGGGUGGACGAUGUUCUCAUGUGCGAGUCUCUAACACCCAUCGUGUUGUGGCUAGUGGUCGGUUUAACGUUUUGCCAAGCAGUUGCUACAGACAUGAGAAAAGCCCAGAAGAGCGGCAUCUCAACCCUCAUCAAAAAGUCAAAAUCAACAACAAAGAACGUCACGACAUCCAGCUCCAGUAAACCAACCACAAAAUCCCACCUCUCUAAACAGCACAGUCACAGUAAAGGGUUCAACAAGAAAAUGGAUCCCUGUCCGAGUUUACGGCGGAGAGUUGUGCUGAGAAACACUGAGAACCUAAAAGCUAAUAAACCCGGCAUCAAAUCUACGACAGCGUCCACAAUAACGUCCUCCUCGUCCAACACAAACUCCCACGACAUGUUCCCUGAGUACAGUGAACAGGAACACGGCAACCUCAACAUGAACCUCAUCACACCUGAACCUCAUGUUUACAUUAGUGAUAGUGAUACCAGUCCGGAGAAGGCGCGACCCAAUGGAGACGCGUUCCCAACAAAACGGAAACUGAAAGAUUCCGACAGUGAAUCAGAGAUAGAUCACAGAAAACAUCAUGUUCACAGAACCAGAAAAGGACCAGAAGAGACAGCCAGUUCAUCAGAAUCAGAACGUGAGACGGACUCGUCCGAGCACAACGGUAUGACGGAGAGCAUGUGGACUGAAUCAGAAACAGAUUCCCGAACUCCGCUGUUCAAAGUGCGGAAACCUCCAUUCUCCACUAUAAACGAGAACAACACUAUUAACGACAAUAAAGAGCGACAUGAAACUAGUAGCGAGGAACAUGAUACAGACGGAGAGGAUAAGGAGGUUAACGAGCCCAGAUCAGCUACCCCCAGUGGUGAGAGGCUAGAGAACGGUGGAGUAGCCGGAGCAGCACACCGUGACAGUAUAACAGACCACAGCCGCACAGAGAGGAUACGAGUGAAAGUGUGGCUGAACGAUGAGCUUGUUAAGAUUGAGAUGAGCCCCCUUGAGAUAGGAUAUCAGAUUAUAUCUAAAGUGGAGCGUGUAAAGUCAAGUCUGGAGUACGUGUGGCUAGGAAUCAUACUCUCCUUCAUUAUGUCCUUCCUUCCCUUCGUCUUCAGAGCACACAACGCCGAUGUGCAGUCUGGAUUCAGUAUAAAAGCAGUACAAGCCUCUAUAAUUGAGUUGUACGAGGAACCGAUAGAGUUCCAGCUAAUCCACAUAAUAGGGUUCGUCCUCAGUAUGUCCCUCUCCUGCUGCUUCUUUACCCUCUUCGUGGUAGCUGAACGAACGUAUGUACAAAGAUACCUGUACGCCAAGUUCUUUAACGCACUCACAACAAUGAGGCGUGCUAAGCAGUACGGACUACCCCAUUUCAGAUUACGAAGCAUCCAGAAUAUAAAAGCGUGGUUAUCACUCCGCUCCGUCCUGCGGAGAGUUGGUCCACAGCGCAGUGUAGGGAUCAUCAUUACUUCCUCCUUCCUCAUCAUGCUCACCAUCCUGACCGUGGUCUGUGUCCAGUUCUUCAGUAAAGAGCAACUGAUAGUAGUGGAGCUGGAGGACGAAACUGCACGAGGAGACUCAAUGAACAUGUACUUUACAUGGCUCGCAAUAGCCUGGAGCAUGUGCCUCAGCAUCUAUCUUCUCCGUCUCUUCACUCUGGGUAACGAUAUAAACGAGAGGUUUGACAGCCACUCUCUCCUUAUCACCGAACAGAUUAACCUCUUCUUUUUCAUUCAGCAGUCUCCCCAGAAGAAGGAACAACUCAUGCAGGCUAACCAGGUACUGCAGUUGUCAUCAAAACUUCUAAAAGAGAUCGACAGUCGAGAAACUUCCGUCUUCUUCCUUUCCCCUCUUGUUUCUCAAUUUUUGCGAGUCUUCCUUCUUUCUGCUUUCUCCGGGCUGGCAUCCGAAAUCCUCGGUUUCAAACUUAAACUCUGGAAAAUGAUAAAAUAGCCCAGGAUAUCUUAUGUGUUUUUGGUGGGUACGAGACUGAUUUUAAGUUUAUAUAUGUAUAUUGUAUAUAUCUAAUAUAUGAUAAGUUAAUAAUAACAUGGGGGUUAUUUAUUUGAGCGGGUGCUAUAAUUUGCGCAGUUUUCAAUUCUUGCUGCAAGCUUUUGACAACUUUAACACUUUUCAAACAUGAGUGUUUAAAUGCGAUUUUUCACGUCAGUUAUUUCUUUAAAACGUCGUCCGAAAGUAUGCCCGAUGUUUUAAUAAUAUCAAUAUUUUCUUGUUUAUAUUCGAAAUGCUAUGAGCUAUAAAUCCAUAGUCAUGAUAUACUUGAUCAUUAUUAUAUAAUAUAUGUGUACAAAGAUUUUUAUAAAACCUCAUUCAUCUUUAACUUUAGGAAUUGAUGAGAUCGGUCAGAUAUUAUGAAGGUCACUUUUUGGCCAUCGUAAAUACCCUGGACAAUGGACAUUCAUAUUGAAAAAUAUAUAUUUAAUCUUCGCACAGGAUAUUUGUAGGUUAUUUAAUCGUAUACAUAACCUUCAGUGACCUUGACCUCCUAAUACCUAACAAAAUGUGAACGAUCCCUGGGUUUACUUUGACUCUACAUUUUGUAUUAUAUCCUAAUGAUUGAUUUUAAUAUUAUUGUUUGUAACUUUCUUAAGAUUUUUACGAUACGAUCAUCGAAAUACCAUCCUUUAAAAGAUGUUUCUUCCCUAGAUACCAAAAAGAAAGAAUGCCAGCAAGUUGCUAUUGCUUUAUUGCGAACAGAAGUUAAUGUUUGAGCUGGUAUUAUUGUUUUAAACAAAUGCUGAGCAGUGUGUGUAACUGAGUUAUCAGUUUUAUUAA